AAGUUUUGGAACGCAUUUACGAAGCGAAUGUGACGCCGUGACGGGCGCUAAGCUGAGAGAAGAGAAGAUAAAAGGAUUGAUAUAAAAUAAAACAGAUGAUUGGAAACAGUGAAGUCAAAAAGAAAAACAGAUGUAUCAACUGGAUGUGAUCUUAUUUUCGGAAGGAAUAUAGAAAUCAAUUUUGAGAGCAAUGACAAGAAUUAAUUGCGUAAUUUCAACAAGUUCGCGUCAAUUAUUGCGGCUAUAUAUAAGAGGAUUUACAUGCCCGUUUUCAUCUAGAAGCACAGAUGAGGUCGAUGAGAGUCCGAGAUUACGUGAAUUCAGAAAAAAAUUGCGCGAACGCGCUCCUAUAGAGAAAUUGGACGAAUUGGAGGAGGGCAAGCAUCCUUAUCAAGAGAAAGAACCUCUGAAACCAUUCCCAAACAACACGAAUCCAGAAACCGGCGAAGUCGGAGGUCCUCGUGGACCAGAGCCGACUCGUUACGGUGAUUGGGAAAGGAAAGGUCGUGUUUCGGACUUCUAAAUCAAUCUCGUUUGAGAAUAGCGCAAUUCAUUUGUUAAUAACAAUUAAAAAUUGUCAUCAAAACUCAUAUUUAAAACUUAAAAUAAUUUUGUUUUG